AUGACAGAGUUGACUGUGAUUAACUCUGGAUUCCAAAUCCCAGCAAAGGAGGAUUUGGUACGGAAAGAAGCGACUAUCGAGCUGGAGAAUGAUUCGGCUAUGAGAGGGGCCCUCAGCUCUGCCAUUCAGAAGUUCAACGGGCAAAAGUUUGGCAAAAGACCCAUAGCUGUUGACUGGGCUAUUCCAAAAAACAUUUAUAGUAUUGGUGCUAAUGUGUCUGCUGCUUCAGAAGAUGCAGGAUUGGGUUUUGUUGCUUCAUCAGACUCGGAUUCAUAUGAAAAAGAAGACAUGCCAGCUGAAGUUGAUUUUGAGCAGGAAGUAGACAUUGCGAGAAAAGUUCUUAGGAAUUUGACCACAUCAUCUCCUAAAGGUUCUGCUUCUUUCGAUAUGGGUGAUGGUGCAUUGCCCAAGGGGAUUGAGGAGCCAGAUACUGUUAAAACUGUUAAUGUGCCAAGUAAGUUGUCCGACGACAAUCUUUCUUCUGAUGUUGAAAAUGAAGAAGUGAAACAAUGGUUCUCUGCAUUUGGCGAAGUGCAAUCCUUUGUUCCUGUCCUUAAUCAAGUCACUAAGCGACCUCGAGGGAUUGGUUUUCUCAAGUUUAAAACGACAGAUGGAGCAAGUGCUGCAGUUUCAGCAGCUAAUGUUGCAUCUGGUCUGGGGAUUUUUCUGAAAGGCCUCAUUCUUGAUGGAACUCCAACUGUUGAAGGUGUUUCAACUAGCGAUAUGGCUAAGAGGAACAAGUAA